GGAGGCGGCUCGGAGCCGGGGCCGAUCCCGGGAGCCGCAAGGAGCCGGGCAGCUCAGCUGGAGCCCGCCGCCCGGGACAUGGCCAAGGCGGGCCGUGCAGGUGGCCCUACCCCGGGCGGCGGCGCCCCCUGGCACCUUCGAAAUGUCCUCAGUGACUCAGUGGAGAGCUCGGAUGAUGAAUUCUUUGAUGCCAGAGAGGAGGUGGCUGAGGGGAAGAACGCCAUCCUCAUCGGGAUGAGCCAGUGGAACUCGAAUGACCUGGUGGAGCAGAUGGAGACCAUGGGCAAGCUGGAGGAGCACCAAGGAGAAGGGAGCGUGCCGUGCACAUCCAGCAUCCUCCAGGAAAAGCAGCGAGAGCUGUACCGGGUUUCCUUGAGGAGACAGAAGUUCCCAGCCCAGGGUAGCAUUGAGAUCCACGAGGACAAUGAGGAAGUCGGCCCACAGCGCUCCUGCAAGACGCACGUCCUGCUGCUGGUGCUGCACGGAGGGAACAUCCUGGACACAGGCUCGGGGGACCCAUCCUGUAAGGCCGCCGACAUCCACACCUUCAGCUCUGUGCUGGAGAAGGUCACACGUGCCCACUUCCCUGCGGCCCUGGGCCACAUCCUUAUCAAGUUUGUCCCCUGUCCUGCCGUUUGCUCUGAGGCUUUCUCGCUGGUCUCCAACCUGAACCCCUACAGCCACGAUGAGGGCUGUCUCAGCAACAGCCAGGACCACGUCCCUCUGGCCGCGCUGCCCCUGUUGGCCAUCUCCUCCCCACAGUACCAGGAUGCGGUUGUCACUGUCAUCGAGCGAGCCAACCAGGCCUACGCAGAGUUCCUCAAGUCCCCUGAUGGCAUUGGCUUCAGUGGGCAGGUGUGUCUCAUCGGGGACUGUGUGGGGGGCCUCCUGGCCUUUGAUGCCAUCUGCUACAGUGCGGGGCCCUCAGGCGACAGCCCAGGCAGCAGCAGCCGGAAGGGGAGCAUCAGCAGCACUCAGGACAGCCCAGUUGCGGUGGAGGAGGACUGCAGCCUGGCGGGCAGCAAGCGGCUCAGCAAGAGCAGCAUUGACGUCUCCACUGCGCCGGAGGAAGAGGAGCCCAAGAGGCCGUUGCCACGGAAACAGAGCGAUUCCUCUACCUAUGACUGCGAGGCCAUCACCCAGCAUCACGCCUUCCUAUCAAGCAUCCACUCGAGCAUGCUGAAGGAUGAGGCCGAGCCCCCCGUGGCGGGGGCGCCCCAGCUCCCUGAGGUCAGUCUGGGCCGCUUGGACUUCGAUGUGUCCGACUUCUUCCUCUUCGGCUCGCCCCUCGGCCUGGUCCUGGCCAUGCGGAGGACGGUGCUGCCCGGGCUGGAUGGAUUCCAGGUGCGCCCUGCCUGCAGCCAGGUCUACAGUUUCUUCCACUGCGCAGACCCCUCUGCCUCACGGCUUGAGCCGCUACUGGAGCCCAAGUUCCACCUGGUGCCGCCUGUCAGCGUGCCACGCUACCAGAGGUUCCCGCUGGGCGAUGGACAGUCCCUCCUCCUCGCUGAUGCCCUGCACACCCACAGCUCCCUCUUCCUGGAGGGCAGCUCCCGGGGAAGCCCGCCGAUUUUGGACGCCCCUGCCUCACCCUCUCAGGCCCCGCGGUCCCAGCGCCCAGGGCGGAGGAUGAGCCAGGGAAGCUCCCGCAGUGACAGCUCAGAGUCCUCCGACAGCCUGGCCCCCGCUGGAGCCUCCCGCAUCACAGCCAGGUGGUGGGGCACCAAGCGCAUCGACUACGCCCUGUACUGCCCCGAGGUCCUCACGGCCUUCCCCACCGUGGCGCUGCCCCACCUCUUCCACGCCAGCUACUGGGAGUCCACGGACGUGGUGGCUUUCAUCCUGAGACAGGUGAUGCGCUAUGAGAGCGUGAACGUCAAGGAGAGCGCUGGCUUGGAUCCUGCCGCACUGAGCCCUGCUAACCCCCGAGAGAAGUGGCUUCGUAAGAGGACCCAGGUCAAGCUGCGGAAUGUCACUGCUAACCACCGGGCCAAUGACGUGAUUGCUGCCGAAGACGGCCCCCAGGUCCUGGUGGGACGGUUCAUGUACGGGCCCCUCGAUAUGGUGGCUCUGACGGGAGAGAAGGUGGACAUCCUGGUGAUGGCGGAGCCGUCCUCGGGCCGCUGGGUGCACCUGGACACGGAGAUCACCAACAGCAGCGGCCGCAUCACGUACAGCGUGCCGCGGCCCCGGCGCCUGGGUGUGGGCGUCUACCCCGUCAAAAUGGUCGUCAGGGGCGACCAGACCUGUGCGAUGAGCUACCUCACGGUGCUGCCCCGCGGCAUGGAGUGCGUGGUAUUCAGCAUCGACGGGUCCUUUGCGGCCAGCGUGUCCAUCAUGGGAAGUGACCCCAAGGUCCGGCCUGGGGCUGUGGACGUUGUCCGGCACUGGCAGGACCUGGGCUACAUGAUCCUCUACAUCACGGGGCGGCCGGACAUGCAGAAGCAGCGGGUGGUGUCGUGGCUGUCCCAGCACAACUUCCCACAGGGCAUGAUCUUCUUCUCGGACGGGCUGGUGCAUGACCCGCUGCGGCAGAAGGCCAUCUUCCUCCGCAACCUCGUGCAGGAGUGCUUCAUCAAAAUCAGCGCCGCCUACGGCUCCACAAAGGACAUCUCCGUCUACAGCGUGCUGGGUCUGCCGCCCUCCCAGAUCUUCAUUGUGGGCCGGCCCACCAAGAAGUACCAAACCCAGUGCCAGUUCCUGAGCGAAGGCUACGCCGCCCACCUGGCCGCGCUGGAGGCCAGUCACCGUUCGCGCCCCAAGAAGAACAACUCGCGGAUGAUCCUGCGCAAGGGCAGCUUCGGUCUACACGCGCAACCCGACUUCCUGCGGAAGCGCAACCACCUGCGCAGGACCAUGUCGGUGCAGCAGCCGGACCCGCCCGCCAACCCCAAGCCGGAGCGGGCCCAGAGCCAACCGGAGUCUGACAAGGACCACGAGCGGCCCCUGUCGGCGCUCAGCUGGGCGCGCGGGCCCCCCAAGUUCGAGUCGGUGCCCUGAGGGCCAGGCUGUGCGCGAAGCAGGGGGGCCCUACCAGGCUGCUUGCGGGGACCGGAGGGGCUGCCUUCUCCCCGACACAGGCCUUUUCCUGCUUUUUCCCUCCUGUGUCUGUCCAGCAGUGUCCGACCACAGAGGGGAGGGACCCUACCCGGCCUUGGGGGCUCCCUGGGCUGCAAGGGGGUGAGGUGCCCAGGUCUCAGCGCAGCCACUGCUGCCUCCCCGGUGCCUGCGACUUCAAGCCCACGUCAGGGCUGAUGUCUGUGUAGUGCGGGGUGCAGGCCUGCCCGGAGUGUUUGACGAAGUCAACCUCCUUUCUGAGCUCUCCAGGCUUCUGCAGCGAGGCUAGGCAGGCCCUAAAGGGAGAGGCCCCCAGGCCAGGGAUCCACAGCUGCCGGCUUCUUGGCUGUGCGGUGGAGAGGCGAGGGACGUUUGCGCCUGCCCUCCCUGUGACAUCCUGAGUCACCAUCGUGGGCCUGGCUCUCCUGUGGCAAAGUGGCCACUUUCUGGGAGUGAGAGGAUGCCCCCUGGGCUCAUGCUACGUUCAGGUGUCUGUCCGUGACCCAGGCAGGACGGGUCUGGUGCUGACGGUCUGUCCUCCUGCAGUUGUUCAUGUCUCGCCUUCUUGUCCUCAGAAUCUUCAUUCUCCUGUGGCCCUUGAGGACAGUUGUUUCUCUUUCCGGAGUCUUGCCUGGUGCCCUCCCCUGGGAGGCUGCAGCCCUGGGCUCUGGCCUGGCUGGGCGGGCUGUGAGCCCUGGAGCUGGCUGCUGGCCCUCUCAGGGCCCUGCCUUCCUAUGUCACGGAGGGGUCUCCCCCGCUGAACUUAGGUUGGUGCGAGUUUCUGACUCCUCGGCUGUCGGGCACUUCUGCCCCCUGAGGCUUUUCAGGCCGGAGAGCUCCUUGGACUGCCCCAUGAUCCACACCGUCCCCACAGUCAGAGAGAGAGGGGCUCUGGGUGGGCCGGGGGAGCCAUGAUCACCCCACCCCUCCAAAGGAAGGCCCUUGGGGUUGAGGGGAAGGGGCCCUGCUCCGUGGAGAGAUUUGCUUUGCACAGAUGCCCAAACCCAGUGUCCCGGGGAAAGAAACACCCUCCCAGAGGGCACCGAUUGGGCCCCUCCUCCGCAGUUCAGCCCAGACUGAAUUCUCCCUUGUGGCGCCUUGAAGGCACAGAGCCGAGGUCCUGGAGUUCUGGGGGUUCAUGUAGUUUUGGCUCAAACUGUUGUAUUUCUUUCCUUCCCUCUGCCACUCAGCUUGGUUUGGUGCCCAUGACUUCCUCCUGGGUCGUCCCCUGCGGUUGGCGGGGGCUUAGCUCUCCUGGGGCCCCUCAAAGCCUGUCCAGGCCCUCACGCUGCUGGGCCCCGGGCCUGAGUCUUGGUCUCCUGCAGCCCGGCCCAGCCUCUGAGCCCCCUGAGUUCUUUCAGCCCGGGCUCUGCAUCACGGGCCAGGCCAGACAUCUGUAUACACAGCAGGCACCUGUGUCAGCUCAGUGUCGCUUCUGCUCAAUGUCUACCUCUUGCAGUCCCCAUGUGGCCAGUGUCCUCCCCAACGGCAGCUGCUGGUGGGGGCGGCUGGCACCACUGGCAAAUGGGGCACCCUGCUGGGGCUGGGAGGGGGUCCGGGCUCCCAGCCCCCACCCUGCUCUACUAGAAACGUGUCUUCUCCAGUCUGCCCGCUCCUGCCACAUCCCCCGCCCGGCCCGCCAGCUCUCUGCUUCACUCUCAGCCCUGCGUCUGCAUUACGGCGGUGCCCAGUGCUGGCCACCCUGCUGGGGAGGGGCGACCACCUGGCCUCCGCUCUGGUCCUGCCCCCUGGCUGUCCCUAAGGCACCAGCUCAUGUGGCCUAGCCACCUCGCCCCGAAUCCUUCCCUUCCUUUCCAAAAUAUGCCCUGAAUUACACCUGGGCAGACUUGGUCUGAUUCUCUGAAACUCCAUCAUCUUUCUGCAGAAGCCACUGAUGUAUUCCUCUCAAACGCCGAAAUAACUAGCGGGAGCUACUUCUCCCCUCGUUCAAUUCCCUCUGCCUUUCCUGAGAGCCCCAGGCUUGGAGCGGGAGUGAGGGAGCGUGCCAGGACCCCGGGGAAUGUUGCAUCCACGUGAGCGGGAUCCUGCGUUUGUGGGGGUCGGAGCUGGGAUGUGGGACCUGGCAGGAGGGUCACACCCUCUUCCUCUCUGGAGCUCUGGAUGUGGGGCUCUGGAGACUCACGGCGAGGCUGACAGUGUACAGUGAGAUAUCGUGAACUUCGCUCUAGGAGCUUUCGUGGGCGUGUGACUGCGUGUGUGCGGGGCUCUGUGUAGUGACCAGACUCAGACAGCGUAGGUUUCAGUGCUGCUUUCCCGGCAACUGUAACCAAUGUGCACUUUCUCUACCAGUGGUUUGUUCGAUUUUGUUCGUCCAGUUUUGUUGGAGAAAAACAAAAUCAUGCUGUGCUCUGGAGGGGGCUGCCGCCUGUCUCUGGGUAGUUCUGUGACCCCGACUGGCUGUUUUCCUGGAAAUCCUUCCUCAGGAGCUGGAAAACAGACCUCCCUGCCUGACCAAAGCUCCCCGUUUCUUGUGUGGCAUGUUUGUUUCUCUGGGGUCGGUGGCCGUCCUGCUGGAGGGCCUGCCUGCCGCCUUCCUCUCCGUUCGCCCUGUCGGGGUUCAGGGUGCACCCGCAGCCAGGGCCUCCUCUUCUGGCGUCAUGGGCUUUUCCCAAAGAGCUUGUCCCCUUCCUUAGGCUCCACAAAAUAUUAAAAAAGGAGACUUUUCAUGCAUUUGGAUGCAUGGCCCUCCUGCCUGGAUACGGGGCCAGAGAAAACAAACAUGUUUGAACCCCAGUAUUCAGAGAUUGUGGGGGGGGAUGGGCUCUAGAGGGGAGGUGGUGUCUCAUGGCUUUUUAACUUCUUUCACCACUUGGAGCCCAUACUCAUGCCCAGAGGUGUCCUGCAGACAAAGGGGGCAUCGAUGUUUAAACGAAGCGGGGCCGGGGGCAGAGUCCGGCUGUGGCGUGGUUUUGCACGGACGCCCUCCCACCCAGCCCAGGUGCAGCCCCACACAGGAGGGGCGCGGACUGCGGAGGAGCCUCGCAGCUGACCCCGCCUUAACAACCGACUUCCCUGCUGAGCCCUGGGAGUUUGGGUGCCAAGUGCACUGGAAACCUAGUCUCUUUAGCUCAGCCACAAGAAGUCACCUCCCUCCUUCCACGCCCUCUGGACUCGGAGGGAACUUUCUUAAAAGUUAUACUUAGGGUUAAGUCGAAGCAGCGAGGCCUGGUCUGGGUCCUGCUCUCCUGCUAAGAAACCAAGAGGGUGGUUGGGAGAAGUAUCAGUUGAACCCCACUCUUGUGGGGACAAGGGGCAGCAGGUGACACCAAGGAGGGGCAGGACAGGAGGGCGGUUCGCUCAUGGGGCCCCCCACCCUCGGACCCCAUGUCCUUUUGUAUGUGUUUACCCGGUGGUGGCAGCCUGUCCGAUCUUGUCUGUGGUCUGACUGUUCCUAAGUGUGUAACUCUCAGUAUUAUCUGUGGUGGCUGGUUCUGUGGUGAAAAGGAUUUAUUAUAUUCUUCAUGGCUGCCUUGUACAAACUCCGUUAGAAAAGAAAAUGUAAAAUACCAGAUUUCUAACAAGACAAAAACAGCAUUAUGGAGUUCAAAAGAUUUUUACAACUGGUCUUGAUUUUGAUGUGAGCUGGUUUUUAACUCUCAA